AUGCAGGAGCCCCGAGGCGGCGCAGGCGGUGCGGUGGGAGGAGGAGAAGAAGAAGGAGAGCAUAGUGGGCGCAAUAGUCCUCGUGCUCCGGAAGAGCAGCGCCGCUCCGGCCGUUCUUCAGCGGACGAAGGCCCCAACGACGACGACGACGUCCGUGAGCCUCGCGGCCCUCAGGAUCCUGGUAACGGGGCUGCGGCGGGCAACGCGGACGAGGCGCCGCCGCCGCCGCCCCCGCCGGGCGAGCAGCCACCGCUUGCCUUUGGGCCCGGCGGAGAUGCUGCCGGGGCGUGCCGAAGUCGACCUCGAAAUCGACUCCUGGAGUUCUCUGUUACGGUGCCUUUCCGUUCCCCCCUGGAAGCUCAGGCGGCUCGCAGGUCUUUGAUCUCUAAUGCUCGGCGCCAGCAAAUGAUGGUUCAGCAGGAGUUCACAGUGGAUAACAGUACCCUGUCUGUUAGGUGGACCGCUGAAGACCCGAUUCUCUUCCGAAUUUCCAUUAACAACUUCCUCGACCAGCUUUUCCUGGUGAUGAGGAACAUUCAGCAUCUACAGUGGGUGGAAGGUGCAAAACGAGGACGUGGAAGUAGGCCUGAUUUCUAGUGUUUGGGUGCUUUCCUCGUCCAAACAUGACAAAGGCAGAGCAUUUCAUGUUUAGGGUUCAAUAUUUUAUCAAAGUCCAGGUUUUUGACUCUGUGUUCUCCAUCCCAGUCUCUUGGUAGACUUGUUUUCCUGUUGUUAAAAGAGUGGAUACUUAAAUACUUAAAUGCUUGUUUCUGAAGUAAAUAAAUAAAGCAGAGUACCGUG